GCUUUGCUCGCCUCCUAUACAUUUGCCGUUUGCCGAGUCGCGGGGCAGGCGGCAGGCCGAGCCGGGCCGGCCCGUCACAGUGGCGUAGCGUUCGGUUCGGCCAGUUCGGCAUGGCUUGCAUGGCAAGGGGCGUGCUUGCUCACGAGGCACACGGCGCUCGCAAGGCGCGGACCGCAGCACGGCCUACACCUACGCCUUGGCACGGCGUCAGCACGGCGUGAGAGCGAGAGAGUGAGACGGGCUUCCGAGUCCCGUGCACACCGUGCACACUGCACGCACGCCAAGGAGUGAGACAGAAUCGCGGGAGGGGACCGAGAACAAUUGAGAAGGUUGUGCAUAUCCGCAGUCCAUAGACUUGCUAUGGAGGUGGAGCAGAGGCAUUUCAAAAAUGCGGAAGCUGCUGGGAAAUUUACCGAAUCAUCUGAUAAUCAGCCUCCUUCAUUAUCAUCUUCUGUGCACACCUUAGAUCUUGGAGUGUCAUCUAGUGUUAAUCUCACAUUCACCAAUUCAAAGAUAAGAUCAGAUGAAGAACAUAUUCGGGCAUUGAAAGGCUUACGGAAUUGUGUGCUUUUGGCAGUUUUGCUUUUAGUGCUGUCUUUAGCAAUUAUUGGCGCUGUUAUUCUUGCGAUAUUUUGGAUCAGUAAUCAAGAAGCCCCUUUUGAUUACGCCAUGAUCUUCGACGCGGGCUCCACUCACACCGAGAUGGUCAUCUACAAGUGGCAGGCCGACAAGUUCAACGGCACCGGCGUCGUCUCGCAGGUCGCCUCCUGCGACAUGAAAGGCGGCAUCGGCGUCGUGCUCAGGGAGGACCCGGCGGCCACCGCCCCCGGGUACCUGGGGCCGUGCGUGGCGCAGGGCCUGGCCGCCAUCCCCGAGGCGCGGCGCGGCCACAGCCCCGUGUACCUGGCCGCCACGGCGGGCAUGCGCCUCGUGCGCAGCGAGAGCACUUCGGACGCGCGCCGCAUCCUGGCCAGCGUGGAGCGCACCCUGGAGCGGGCGGCGGCCGGCGAGGGCGGCAUGCUCAUUGGCGUCAACGGCGUCAGGAUCAUCUCGGGGCAGGAGGAGGCCGUGGCCGGCUGGAUCUCGGCCAACUACCUUCUCCGGACCAUUUACCCGAAGCCCGCCAGGAUGGUGGGCAUGCUGGACAUGGGCGGUGCGUCCACGCAGAUCACCUUCGUGCAUCAGGAGGACCCCACCUCGCUGGGGGCCUUCUCCGCCACCGAGCACGACACCACGCUGCGGCUGUACGGCGCCACGCACGAGCUGUACGCCAGGAGCUACAUGUGCUUCGGGCAGGGACAACUGCUCAAUCGCUACCUGGUGCUGCUCGUCAAGGAUCUUUUAGAGUCAACACAAUCGCUUGUGCUACCAGACUUGAUUCAAGUAAAAAGCCCGUGCCACCACUUGGACUACAAAGAAACAAUGAUGUUUCGUGACUUUGUCAAUGUGUGCUCGGAGACACUAUUCACAAGUGAGUUAAAGAACAUCACAGUCAAUUUGGAAGGUAGCAGCAAUUCAUCAGAGUGCAAAGUAAAAAUAAAGGAGCUGCUGGACACAAACCAUUGUCUGAAUACUUUCACAAGUAAGGACUGCUUUUCUAAACCAGCAACUCAUCCACCAGACACCAUAUUUGUGGCAGUAUCAGGAUUCCACUAUGUGAUGGACUACCUUGGAUUUUCCAAUAAGGAACACCCUGCCCCUGAUAAUUUUUCACGUGAUGUAGAUAAAUGGUGCAGUAUGACAUGGGAAGACUUGAAAGUUUCUCAUCCAGGCAUACGAGAAGAAUAUUUAUCACUAGUGUGCUUUAAUGCUCAAUACCAAGCACAUUUACUCUUUGAUGGGUAUGGCAUCAAGGAAGAUACAUGGAAAAACAUCGACUUUUUGAAAAAGAUAAAUGGAACAAGUGUAGGGUGGACCUUGGGUUUUACCAUUCGCAGCACUAAUGCUUUCCCUCAGGAACAAGCAUCAGCACCUUCUCAAACAAUUGCAUUUCUAUCAUCAAUUUUUGUCCUAGCAGUGUGCAUUGGUGUCUGUUUGACUCUAAUUUUCAGUAUACUUGCCAAAAACCAUUGCAGGAGCAACCAAAUAAGUAUAAAAUAAAAUUUAAAAUGGCUUGUUCAUUAUUAGCUUAGUUUGAAAUUUAUCUUAAGGGCACUGAUUUUUUUUUACAUAAGUAUUAUUUUAAUAAAUGCGUCAAAAAUA